AUGACGCCGCCGCUCCUACGCCGCGAAUCUACGCUAUUACACCACCUGCAGUCCUCUUGUCCACUUUCCUCCAUCUCUCCCCUUUGCCAUAGCCAACAUCACCACUACACGUACAACUGCCAUCACCACUACGACUCCCACUCCGACUCCCACUAA